CCUCUCCAAAGCCAAAUCCCAUAAAGCAUAAACCAGUUGUAUUUCCAAAUCCAAUAUAUAAAACCGAUCGCGCCUUAAUUCUUUCAUAUUUAUCUCUUAUCUAUCACACACAGUUUGCGAUAUGGUGUCCAGCGUAGACCGAUCGGAGAUAGCUUUCUUCGAUCUGGAAACAACUAUCCCAACCCGACCCGGACAGCCCUAUGCCAUCUUGGAAUUUGGGUCAAUAUUAGUUUGCCCUAAGAAGCUCAUUGAACUGGAGAGCUUCGAAACACUGGUUAGACCACAUGAUCUCUCCCUCAUUUCCGCCUCGUCCGUUCGCGCCAACGGAAUCACCGCCGACGCCGUCGUCUCCGCGUCGACCUUCUCAGAUAUCGCAGAUAGGAUUUACGACAUCUUACAUGGAAGAGUAUGGGCGGGUCACAAUAUAUUGAGGUUUGAUUGCGUGAGGUUAAGGGAGGCGUAUACGCAGAUAAAUCGGCCGCCGCCGGAACCCAAAGGAACCAUUGAUUCAUUGGCGUUGUUGACACAGAGGUUUGGGAGGAGAGCCGGUGACAUGAAGAUGGCCAGCCUGGCGGCUUAUUUUGGGCUCGGACAGCAAAGUCACCGGAGUUUAGACGACGUUCGAAUGAAUUUUGAAGUUGUGAAGCAUUGCGCAACAGUUUUAUUCUUGGAAUCCGCAAAUCCAGGGGAAGACAUUCCAAUUUCAAUUCCAAUUCCAUCAAACGAAGCCAUGGUGGAAGAUGAUUCAUCUUCCACCACUCUAUCAGACGCAUUCACCCCACAAACCGAAUUCCUCCCCUCUAAUGAAGUUUCCAUGGCUUCAAUCACUGUAUCAUCAUCAUCCGUUUCUCCCUAUUUUCACGGGUCCCACAAAAUACAAAUCCUUCACAGAGACAUCCCGUUACAGAUCCAAUGUGAUUCCAUGAGAAUACGGUUUGGAUUAAGCACAAAAUAUCUCGAUCAUGCUGGAAGACCACGCUUAAGUCUUGUGGUUGAUGCAAAUUCUUCAAAUCUAUGUGAUCUACUUAACGCAUGUGAUAAUAUUACUAAAAGAUUCAUGGAUUCUGAUUCCAACUCUGAAUGGAGACCUCUUGUUUGCAGAAAACCCGGGUUUUUUGACUCACCCACCAUUAGAUUCCACUUAAGGAAUGAAGAUGGAGAUAGUAGUGGGUGGACGACAGAGAUAUACAAGAAGGAGUCGUCAUCAUUAUCUUCAUUGUCUAUACCACAACUAGUUACAAGUAGUAGGUAUGACGUGGCAGAAUUGGAUUGGUUGUUUCGUCCAGGUGGCUUUGUGGAUGCUUACUUGUCUUUGGAUCCGUAUAAUUAUCAACAAAAUGCUGGGAUCCGUUUAGUGGCCAAGAAGUUAGUUGUUCAUUACUAAAUAGUAAUGUUAGGAUUAUUAUUGCUUUUCUUGUAUACUUGUAUUUAUAUAUGGUCAAGAGACUAUUGUUGUCAUUAGAGUUUUAUGUUGGGUGUAUAUAUAUAUAUAUAUAUAUAUAUAUAU